AUGGUGGGUGAAAUUGCCACUCCUGACAAUGGAAUGUUGGAUCAAGAAAAUGAAGAUUUAAAUAAUCUAUUUAUUGAGACAGCCAAAAAAUACAAUAAUCCCUACUUGGAAGAAAAAUCUAGUCAAACAAUUGAUGAAAAAUUAUUUACACUUGCACAUAAUUUGAAAAGAUACUCUAAAUUUUCAUCAUCGGCUUACGAUUUCAAAAACACACUUCUUUCAAAACUACCAUUCAAUCGUAAUAAAAGAGAUCAUGGCAAUUGGUACAAAUUCUCAUUUGCCAGUCAAACAAAACUACCAUUGAAUUCAAUAAUUGAUUCUUCACAUCAUAAUAUCCAUUAUAAUAAAAAUGAUGAUGGAGGAUAUCAUCCAACCUAUUUUAUAAUUCGUGACAGAACAACCUCAUCAAUCAUUUUAGCAUUCCGAGGCACAAUGUCAGUAAAUGAUCUGAUCAUUGAUCUUACGUGUGAUUAUGAAGAUUUCCAAUUACCUCAUGACAAUAAAACAUAUAAAGUGCAUAAAGGAAUUUAUAAAGUGGCAAAGACAUUGGCAACACCUAAAAAAUCUAAAGUUUUUGAAACUAUUAAAAAAGAAUUAAGAAAUAAUGAAGGUUAUGGACUUGUAUUAGUUGGACAUUCACUUGGAAUCGCAAGCAUAUUAGCACUUUUAUUUGCAUCACCUAAAACAUGUAAAACAACUAAAUCAAGUGGUCUCCCUGUUGGACGACGUGUUCAUGCUUAUGCAUUUGCCUCUCCUUGUGUGAUGUCUGGUGAUUUAUCCAAACUGGCAAUUCCACUAGUAACGUCAGUAGCAUAUAGAACUGAUGUCAUAACUAGAUUAAGUGUUGGUCAUAUAAAGGAUCUACGUGAUAUGAUUAAAUUUUUGUGUAAAAAAAAUAACAACAUUGAUGGUGAUAAUGAAGAAUUUGUAAGUGUGAUUAUUAAAAAAAUACUUAAAUAUCAAUCAUCGAGAUUCACUUCCAACAGUUCUAAAGAAGAAUGUGAAGACUUUUUCUGGGAAACAAGUCAAAAAAUUUAUGAGCAUAUGAAUAAUACAAAAUUGUAUCCAGGAGGUCAAGUUUUUUGGAUUAUUGAUAAUAAUAACAAUGAUGAUAGCGGUGGUGACAAUGAAUGUAGAAGAGAGGAAAAUAUUAAUGUUAAUCAAUUACUUAAAGUUAACGAUGUUGAAAAGGCCUUUAAUGAAAUUAGAUUUUCACCAAAUAUGAUUAUUGAUCAUUUACCAAGUGUAUAUGAACUUGUCAUAAUGAAAUUGUAA